GUACAAAUCCCCCAUCUUCAGCCACCGUUCUACCGCUUCAUCUUCGUAGACAAGUCCAAUUCUGACCUCCCCUGCAUCAAGUUUGAAAUCAAAACCCAUUAGAAAUUUUCAUAGCAGGCCAAUCAAUUGCUCCAGUCUACAUAGAAGAAAUGAACUGUGGUACCUCUGUGGACGAAGAGCAUCAAACUGGAGUCAAGAUACUGGGGAAUGAAAAGAGACUGGGGCUCCAUAAUAAUGAACCCAAGGUGCAUGGGCCCUGCAACUCUCCUAGCCACCCGCACUUCCCCUGCAUCAGUCUUCACCACUUGCUUGUAGCCUGAUGAGUCUAAAUUUCAUACAAUUAUACAUGGUUUUUUAGUCAUGAAUUGUAGUCUUUUAUAUUUUAUUGGAACAAUUUUAUUUGGUUUUACAUUACUUUUAUCAUUCUUUGUAGGUAGAGGGUAAAACUAAAGAAAUUGAGAGUAAAUGGGCUGAAAUGACAAAAGUUAAAAACAUCAAAUCUGAUUUCAUGAUUUCCCAUUUAAAGACCAGAAUUUAAUUUUUGGUCUGCAUACACGUGGCACAACAUUGUGGGCUUUAUGGAGAUAAAGAUGGGCUUUAAAAUGAAAGGGCACACGGAGUUUUCAAAAGCAGAGCACAUUGUUGAAUAUAAAAAGGGGCAGCCGCUGAGGACUUCGGGGAGAAAAUCAGGGAGGCAGCCGGCAGAAAGCUUGGAGGCGAGUUUGAAGUGGAGCUUGUGCAGAUUCUGUGUGAGUGACGGCAGACGCAAAGGCAGUCACUGGGACACCUCAACCGAAAACAAAGGGGACAAGCGCGAUAGUAAAGGGCUACAGAUCUGAGUUUCACAAAUUGGGUUUUUGCUCUUCUAAACUUGUUUUUUCCUUGUUUUCCUUUGUUUGGAUAUAGAAUUGUGGUUUUUCAAUUUAAUCUCAAAUUUUAUUAUGUUUAGUAUGAAUUGAGACCGAGAGGAGAUUUUAUGUAAUGACUUUUAUUUGUGUAGCACUAGUGAUAAGUGAAUUUAAUUUUUUGUGUAAACUAAGGAAUUUCAUAGAACAUAAUACAUCUUUAUCUAUUUAAAUUCACAUAGAGAUAUAGUGGGUUAAUAGGUGAAGAUAAGUUUGGUAUAACUUGAGAAAGUAUAUGCAAUAAAAUAAGAAAUUCCAC